AUGGAGGUCGACUCGGCGAACAGUCGCCACGCCGCUCUUCUGAAACGAAAAGCCACUGAUUCGAUCAAUGAGAUUCUCAAUUAUGGACAAUCUUCAACUAGUCCACAGAAAAGGACGAAAAAGACAGCACAUCACAAAAUUCGAGAUAUUGAUGCGUACAAAAAGAUCAUCAAAACAUAUAAGGCACCCACGUGGUACGGAUGUGCGGUCACUCCACGUGAUCUCGCUGACUUCGGAUGGGCUUGUGUCAAGAAAGACUGUGUGCAAUGUGUAGAAUGUGAACAAUAUCUGAAUACAUCUCUUCCAAAUAUAUGCAAAGUAUCAUUCAAUGUCUACAAUUCAUCUCUUCAAGAUAUUCACCAGAAACUUACGACAGCACACCGAACAACGUGUAAGCUUCGAACAGGUGCACCACCGUUCCGGAUCACAGAACCAAGUUCGAAGGAAAUUAUGGAAGGAGUUCAGGGAAGACUCACUGAUAUCAAAAAUAUUGAAGAAGACGAAUUCAAAGUGGAUAUUCCAUCAGAUUUAAAUCUGCCGAAGCUGGAAGGCGUUUCAGAUAAAUUUAUGUAUGUAGCAAUUCUUGGAUGGUUCGUUUCGAAACCAAAAAGAGGAGCUCUCAUUUUCGGCUGCGAUUAUUGUGCUCGAGAGUUGGCAAUAAGAACCGGAAACAAAUUUGAUGCGAUUCACAAUCACGAACGCUGGUGUCCACGUAUCGAUUCAGAUGAACAUGGAGAGACGAGUUGGCAGUCUGAUAUUAAUAUUGUUAUGAAUACAAAGAAUUACUUUCCUCAUCAUAAUAAGUAUCAUGGAUCAGCAAUCUACCGAGAGGCAAUGGCUGCUCGCCGUCUCCUUGAUAAUUCUUUGUCAACCAUCAUUUCUCCUAGUCUUAUUACUCCUCCCAGUUCAUAA